GUAUUGUAAUAUUAAAUUAUUAGUAGCUAUAAUCAUAUCAUGCAAUCUUAAUAAACUACAUUUCGAAAUCCUUGUCUUUGGAUACAAUAUUCUAAGCUUAUAGAAUAAUAACUAAAAUGUCAUGUUCAUGGCACAUGCCUACCUACAUAUGCGGGUAGUUAAAAAAUACACAGUGUAUGUAAUUAAUUCUCUGGACAACAUGGAAAGUAAUAUUCACAAGAUUAAAAAUUUGAUUAUUUGUAAAAAAGAAGAGGAAUUCCUUGAAAUAUUACAAUCUGGUUUAGACCCUAAUUUCGAAGGGGGGUGGCCAAUCAGGCUAGCAGCUCGGUACGGCUGUCCUACCAUAGUCGAAACGUUACUUCAAUUUGGAGCAAAUCCUCAUCUUUUAAGUGAAUCUGGUGCUUCAACUUUACAAUUAGCGGUAUAUUCAGGUGAACAUUGGGACACGGAUAAAUGGAAAUCGUUACUGUCUUGUUGUGAUUCUUCUCAACUUGCUGAUGGUGCAGCCGUAGCUAUUAUUUUCAAUAACGUUGCGGCAUUGAAAAAGAUUUUAUCUACUGGAAGAUGUAACACAAACAUUCCAACAACUCUAACAGGUAAAACUGUAGAACUCUUAGCAAAAGGCUUCAAAUUAACACAGUUGCUGAGUAUUCCAACGAUACAAAAUCAAAAUGACCGUGAUGAAACUACAAUUUCACCCAGGAUAUCACGACAACAUCGAGCGGAGUCUGCAGUCCUGUCUCCAUAUCAUACACAAAGAAAUUUAUCACCGUCAGUAGCCAGAUUUUUUCAUCAAACAGCAAGUCAGUCAUCUUUGUCACCAUCAAGAGUAGGAACAUUGCUUCCAUCAUCAUCGCCUAGAACUGACGUUAAUUGAUGCUUAUUAUCAUAACGAUUUAGAAGUAGGUAACGUAUCGAACACCAAAAUUCGUAUAUUGUGUAACUACAACUAGAGAUAAUAUCCGAGCAAGCUAAAAGCCCCGAACGAAUCCAAUCCAAUCAUAAGUACAUCACAGACGUUCAAUGAAACUUUGCAAUAUUAGGUACAAUAAAACUAAAUCUUCAACAUUAUCUCUAAACGGUCGAUUAAUUUAAACAAUUCAUAAUAUUACACAGUUUUUGAUUUCGUCUUUGAUUUCUGUUUUUUUAGGGCUAUUAUCCGCCGACUUAGAAUUAGUUUGAUUCGUCUCGUUUAGCUCGCUCGGCUCGAGCACCUAUCUUAUAUGUGUAAAUAUCGAACUGCAUCUCACUUAUUACCGUAAAGACAUCUUUGAAUGAAAAGUUAUAAGAUUAUGUGAAGUAAAAAUAAUGAUUUGAUACAAUUUGACGUGGAAUUGCAAUUUGUGCAUUCGUGA